AGGUAGCUCUAGUGUAGUAGUGAUUAUGACGCCAGUUGCCAUCACGAGAGAUCACCUUGAAGAGCAAGCUGCUGCAGCACAAGCUUUCCUCAGCUGUAGGUCUUCCCUUGCAAGCAAGCUCGAGGAAGAGGCAGGCAGGCAGCCCCUCGCCCCCUUCCCUUCCCUUCCCCGAGUGGUAGCGCGUUCUAGUCGUCGCCAACGCUAAGGCCAUCUCUCCUCCUACUUCGCCUCGCCUUGCCACCUAACUCUGCCUGCCAUGCCGGGCCUCGCCGCGGCCGACAGCUCGCCCCCAGCGGCCGCCCCGCCUGCGCGGCGGCUCUCGUCGCCGCUGCCCAGGAGGGCGCCGCCGUCUCCCUCGCCAUCCACCUCCUCGCGCGCCAAGCCGAGGAAGCCCGCGCCGGCGCCCGACGCGGACGAGUCCCUGGACAACCCGGAUCUGGGGCCCUUCCUCCUCAAGCAGGCGCGAGACGCCAUGGUCUCCGGGGAGGGCGGUGGCGCCGCGCGCGCGCUCGAGUUCGCUGAGCGGGCGGCCCGGGCGCUCGAGCGCCGCGAGGGCGCCGAGCUCGAGCUCGCCAUGAGCCUCCACGUCGCCGCCGCGAUCCACUGCGGACUCGGGCGACACGCCGACGCCAUCCCCGUCCUCGAGCGCGCCGUCGUAGUCGUCACGACGCCGCCGGCCGAGGGCGACGGGGCCAACGACCAGCAGCAGGCCGAGGCCGAUCAGAGGGGGGAGGAGUGGUCCCUGGCCGCCUUCUCCGGCUGGAUGCAGCUCGGCGACACGCACGCCAUGCUCGGCCGCAUGGACGAGUCCAUCGCCUGCUACGGCAAGGGCCUUGAGAUCCAGAUGGGCGCACUUGGCGAGCGCGAUCCCCGCGUCGCCGAGACCUGCAGGUAUUUGGCAGAAGCGCAUGUGCAAGCUCUGCAGUUUGAUGAAGCAGAGAAGCUGUGCCGCAAAGCCCUCGAGAUCCACCGAGAGCACAGCGCACCGGCAUCUCUCGAGGAAGCCUCCGACCGCCGCCUGAUGGCCCUUAUCCUUGAUGCCAAGGGUGACUACGACGGUGCCCUCGAGCACCUCGUGCUUGCUUCAAUGACCAUGGUCGCCAAUGGCCGUGACAUUGAGGUGGCGACAAUUGAUGUCGCGAUAGGCAACACCUAUCUUGCCCUCGCUCGCUUUGACGAGGCUGUCUUCUCCUACCAGAAGGCGCUGACUGUUCUCAAGUCUGCCCGUGGCGACGACCAUCCUUCAGUUGCAUCGGUCUAUGUCCGCCUUGCAGAUCUUUACCACCGAACAGGGAGGCUCCGUGAGUCUAAAUCCUACUGCGAGAAUGCCCUUCGUGUAUAUGCAAAGCCUGCGCCUGGUGCUGCCCCUGAUGAGGUUGCUGGAGGCCUAAUGGAGAUUGCUGCCAUCUAUGAGGCACUUGGAGACCUCGACGAGGCCCUAAAGCUUCUUCAAAGGGCACUCAAGUUGCUCGAGGACUCACCAGGGCAGUGGAGCACUGUUGCUGGAAUCGAGGCACAAAUGGGUGUACUGCACUACAUGGUAGGAAGGUAUGCAGAUUCAAGGAACUCAUUUGAGAGUGCGGUUGCCAAAUUGAGGGCUAGUGGUGAGAGGAAGUCGGCAUUUUUCGGUGUUCUAUUGAACCAGAUGGGGCUAGCUUGCGUCCAGCUGUUCAAGAUACACGAGGCUGCACAGUUGUUUGAAGAGGCAAGGGCAGUUCUGGAGCAGGAGUGUGGCGCUUCUCAUCCAGAUACUCUUGGUGUAUACAGCAACCUUGCUGCAAUCUAUGAUGCCAUGGGAAGAGUGGAGGAUGCCAUUGAAAUCCUGGAACACGUGCUGAAGGUGAGGGAAGAGAAGCUCGGCACAGCAAACCCCGAUGUGGAGGACGAGAAGAAGCGGCUUGCGGAGCUUCUGAAAGAGGCGGGGCGGUCCCGGAACAGGAAGCAGAAAUCGCUCGAGAACCUGUUCGUGACCAACUCGCAGCGGGCUAAGAAAGACGCCGGGAGGAGGUGGUCCAACUUUGGGUUCAGAAGCUGAAGAGCUCCACGCUGCCUGAGCUCACCUCACCUGGUGCUGGCCUUUGUAACAUAAAGGGGGCCAAAGAGCAUGUGUAAAGAAGUUGUUGUAGGGUAGGAAGAUGAUGGUUGUGUUUGAUGCUUGCUAAAUGUCUUGUGGUCUAUGACUGCCAUUGUUAUCCCGGGUUAUCUCAUUUUGUUUUCACGGUUAUAUUAAGUGGGUACUGUUGUACCUGGAGAGAAUAUUGUUUUGUGCUGGUGGGUGAUGAAUACCUGUGAUUUAUUUGUUACGUUCCA